CUAAGGGCUGAGCCAUAGGAGAGGAGGCAAAUGGUGCCGAAGUUCUGUGAGGGGAGCUCCUAGAGGGCGUGCAUGCUGGAGUCCCUGGGCGCACGGGGUGGGGGGGCGCGGGGGCGCGCGUCCCGGGGCACAGGCGCGGCGCGGGCCUGUCCUCCACGGCGCCGACACUGCGUGUCUGCUCCGCCCCGAGCUCCGCUGCCGGCUCCCGCCCGCCCGGCCAGCUCAAUGAGGACCAGGCACGUGAACUUGUUGAUAGCGCUCGUCGCCGUUGUGCUCUUCAGUUUCUCCUGCUUCUGCAUCUCCAGGAUGACUCAAACCAGUAAUCAAUUAAUUAAUUGUAGAAACCGUAUUUUGGAGCUUAAGGAAGGUAUACUACGUUUAAAAAACAGAACUGAAAGAAAUCGCCAAGAGCUGAUUAAAGCCUUGAAUAAAAUCAAAUAUGAAAUCACACAAGGAGAAAAUAUAUCAGUAAAUUCGGUUAAGAAGAAAGUGAAUGCAUUGGAUAGGAAUGAAACAGCCCCUAAUGCAUUUGAAGUCCUGAAGUUCUUUUUCCCCCAUCUAAGGAAAGUAGGCAGAAUUUAUCCUGAUGUAAUCACUGGCAAAGAGAAAACAGGUGUUUCUUUUGCACUGGGUAUUUCCACUGUUGACAGAGGAAAUCGUAGUUACCUGAAGCAAACGCUGACCUCUGUUGUCUCCAGGAUGACUCUUUCAGAAGAGAAGGACUCCGUGGUGAUUGUCUCUGUCGCAGACAGUAAUGAAGAUUAUUUAAAAUCUGUGGUUGACAUGAUUACAAAAAAGUUCAAUAGGCAACUGAAGUCUGGAUCCUUAGAAGUCAUUUCAAUACCUGCUUAUUUUUAUCCAAACAUGUUGCAUACCAAGCAAUCAACUGAGGACUCACAACAACUAGAGAGUUGGCAAAUCAAACAAGUAUUGGAUUUUUGUUUUUUGAUGCUGUAUGCCCAGCCUAAAGCCAUGUAUUACUUACAGCUAGAAGAUGGUAUUAUAGCUAAAAAGAUGUACCUUACAAAAAUCACAGAUUUUGUGCAUAAAAUCACUUCAAAGAAUUGGUUUUACAUUGAGUUUUCAAUUCUUGGAUUUAUAGGAAAGCUAUUCAAAUCUGAGGACUUAACUGACUUCAUACGUUUUUUUUUAAUGUUCUACAAAGAUAAACCCAUAGACUUGCUCUUGGGGGACCUUUUCCAGGUAAAGAUGUGUAAACCAGGAGAAACUCUUGAAAAAUGUACAGAACGAAAUAAGCAAAUUCGUAUUCGAUAUAAACCUUCUCUUUUCCAGCAUGUGGGUAUACAGUCAUCAUUCCCUGGAAGAGAACAAUAUUUCAAAGAUAUCUACUACUAGGAAUUUCAUAAUUCUAAUACCUUCUUUAAAUGGUCAGAAGCAUUCUUUGGAAAAAAUGACAUCACAAGGAUUAGAAUAUUUCUCAACUUUCUUCAUAGUGGAUAAGAGAUUUUAUCAUACUUAAAAAAGUUAAACCUUUAAUAAUAAAAUG